AUGCCACCCACGCCCAAAGCAAGAAAGACCGGAGUCGCAAAAGCACCCGCAGCGAAGAUCACCACAGCCGGCCCAGCCAGCGGCGUGCGCAAAUCCACAACAGCAGGAAAACGACCCGCCGGAAAGAGAGCCUCAAAUGUACAACCGGGCGACCCAACACCAACCGGCAAAAAACGCCGCUACAAACCCGGCACAGUCGCCCUCAAAGAAAUCCGCCGCUACCAACGCUCCUAUGACCUCCUAAUCGCCAAGCUCCCCUUCGCCCGCCUCGUCCGCGAAGUCGCCCUCGAUUUGCUCCCCGCCGACGUCGGCGCUGAACUCCGCUGGCAGUCGCAUGCGAUCCAGGCGCUACAGGAAGCCGCCGAGGCGUUUAUGGUGCAUUUAUUCGAGGAUACGAAUUUGUGCGCUAUCCAUGCGAAGCGGGUGACGAUUAUGCAGAAGGAUAUUCAGCUUGCGAGGAGGAUUCGUGGGGUUUGGGCGGGUCUUGGUUGA